AUGCAGAUCGACCGCUCUUCUUCUCGCGCCGCCACCACCGACCCCGUCUCCACCGCCGUGCUCGCGGACUCGAAGGUCAACGAACGCCCGACCCGCCCCCUCCCCGCGUCCAAGGCCCGCAAAAUGCAGCAGCACCCGCCGCACCCCAACAACCCGCUCCUCCAGGCCGCGAACCCGCUCCUGCUCCCCGUGCAGGCCCAGGUGCCCAAGAAGGGCCCGAACUCGACCCAAAGACGGCUGUACGUCAUCCUCGAGCAGGCCUGUCUCGAGGCCUACCGCGUCAGCACCGCCGGCCGGGGCAAGAACGGCCGCGAGAGCGACAUCAAGUACGCCCUCCUCAACUGCGACGACCACCAGGGCAUCCUCGCCAAAACCGGCCGCGACAUCGCCGACGCGCGGCCCGACAUCACCCACCAGUGCCUGCUCACCCUGCUCGACUCCCCGCUGAACAAGGCCGGCCUCCUCCAAGUGUACAUCCACACCGCCAAGGGCGUCCUCAUCGAGGUCAACCCCCACGUCCGCAUCCCCCGCACCUUCAAGCGGUUCAGCGGGCUCAUGGUCCAGCUCCUGCACAAGCUCUCCAUCCGCGGCGUGAACGGCCCUGAGAAGCUGCUCAAGGUGAUCAAGAACCCGGUCACGGACCACCUGCCGGCGAACACGAUCAAGCUCACACUAUCCGGAGACUCGCAGACGGUGAAGCUAUCAAAGUAUCUGCCCACAUUGCCGGAGACGCACAACAUCGCUGUGUUCGUGGGUGCGAUGGCCCGCGGCAGGGACGACUUCGCGGACGGCCUGGUGGACGAGAAGAUCUCUAUCAGCCAAUUCCCGCUCAGCGCAUCGGUAGCAUGCGGAAAGUUCUGCUGUGCGCUCGAAGAUCUCUGGGACAUUAUCUGA